AUGGACAAAGACUUUCAGGACCUCCAGCAGCUGGACCUGGAGGAAACUGACCAUCAGUUCAGCGGUGGUGAGGAGCCAGGCAUUCAUGGACAGAACCGCAAGAAAGAAAGUCCAUUUUGGAAAGGGCAGCUUCCUUCCCAGACCCUUCCACAAUGCCUCUGCUCCAGCCUCCACCUCAGUCUGCUUGCCCUGAGCCUCAAUGUCCUGCUGCUCGUGGCCGUCUGUGUGAUUGGGUCCCAAAGCAUACAGCUGCGAGAAGAGCUGCAGGCCCUGAAGGAAACUUUCAGCAACUUCUCCUCGGGCACCCUGCGGGAGGUCCUGGCUCUAGGCUCCCACGGAGGCAGCACAAGUGACAAACUGACGUCCCUGGAGGCCCAGCUGGAGGAGCAUCAUCAGGACAUAAAAGCAGACCACGCCACCUUGCUCCUGCACCUGAAGCACUUCCCCACUGACCUGGGGGCCCUGACCUGUCACAUGGUGUAUCUCCAAAGCAACGGCACGAAAUGCUGUCCGGUUAACUGGGUGAGGCACGGAGGCAGCUGCUACUGGUUCUCUCGCGCCGGGAUGAACUGGCGCGAGGCUGAGGCGUACUGCCGGCUGGAGAACGCGCACCUGGUGGUCAUCAACUCUUGGGAUGAACAGAAAUUCAUCAUGCAACACACUAGCCCCUUUCACAUCUGGAUAGGUCUCUCUGACAUGGAGGGCCCCUGGAGAUGGGUGGAUGGAACCAACUACGAGCACAGUUACCAGAACUGGGCUAUCGCUCAGCCAGAUAACUGGCAAGGCCAUGAGGUGGGCGCCAGUGAAGACUGUGUGGAAGUCUUGUCCAAUGGCCUCUGGAACGACAACUUCUGUGCGGAGGUGAACCGCUGGGCCUGUGAGAUGAAACAUAACAUCACCGUGUAGGAGCCCCGCUUAAGUGUGUCAGUGCCUCGCAGGCCCCCCACCCCACCUUUGCAUCACCCUAGCUUCUCCAGGAGGAGGACUGUGAAGAAUAGAAGACAAACGGAGCCCCAGGCAUGGGGAGGA